AUGAGCAGUGAAAUAGCUAUCAGUACAAUUGAAACAGUUAAAAAGAAACUUGAAAAAUAUAAUGCUUCGAAACAAAAUGAUAAAGUUGAAGAAUAUCUUCAUAAAUUGCAUAAUACAUCGAUUACUCCUAUGUUACUUCGAGAAACGAAAAUAGACGUACUCGUUAAUCAACUUGCAUCGAAUAAAGAAGCAAGUUAUUGCUUAACAGCUAAGAGUCUUCUAAAAAAAUGGCAAGAUAAAAAUCUAUUAUCAAAAACAACGAAUACAUCCAAAAUUAAAACAAUAACAAAUACGAAAAAAUCAGUCGCUGAACAUAAACUUUCUGUUAAACGAAAAUCUAAUGAUUAUGACGCAAUACAUUCGAAUGCAUUAAGUGAAUCUCAAUCAUCUGAUGAAUUUAAACAUAGUGAUCGAGAUCAAUCAUCAUCAACAUCAUCGGUUAAAAAACGUAAAGUUCUUUCUCUGGCUGAAUAUGUUGUGAGUAAAAAACCAAUACCAUCUUCAUUAUCUACGGUUGAUUCAACUCAAAAUAAAUUAACUGAUAAUCAAAUCAAAGAAAUCUAUGCUCAAUUUGAUGCUAAAUAUGAAGAAUUGGCUGCUAGUGCGCCGGAUCUUGCUAAUAAUGUUAAUAAGAAAUUAAAACAAAAUGAUAAAAUAAACAACAAUCGAAAUGAUUUCAUUGCUAAUAAUCAGAAUUUAAAAAAAACAACAAUUGAGCAACCCAAAACAAAAUAUAAUGACAUUUGGGCAGAAGAAGACGAUGAUGAUGAUGAUGAUGAUGAUGAUAAAGAUGAUGAUGACAAUGCUAAUGCUUAUCAUAAAGAAGAAAUUACUAAAAAGUCUCAACCUAUUAAAAGCAAACAAACAAUGAAGAAUAAUAAUCUUAAUAUUCAACAGGUAAAAGUACCAUCAGCUACUUCAACAGCAAAAAUAGACAAUAAUUCAAUGACUGCAGCGAUUGCAUCGAGUAUUGCUUCUUUAGAACAUUCAAAACCAUCAUCUAAUUUAUCAAAAUCAAAAUCAAUUUCUAUUCCAAAAAAACCUGCUGACAAUUUUAAUUUUCUUCGUCCAAAACGAGGACGUCAAGCUAUUUAUUCUGGUGUACGCGCUGCUCGUACAAAUAUUCCAUCACUUCAAGAUCUUUGCGUUGAAACACUUAAAGAUCAUGUUGAUGAUAUAUGUUAUACACAUUUUUUUCGACUUCCUUAUGAUGUAGUUAAACCAAUUAUUGACGUAGCAACACCUGAACAACUUAAUGUUAUAAUUGAUAAUAAUCCAGAUUAUUAUGAUGAUGUUGAACCAUUAUGGCAAAAAUUUUGUUCAUUAUAUUUUAAAGAUGCUGAAAGAGAAGAAUGUGAAAGUUAUUAUGAACUUUAUUGGCGUAAAUAUAAUGAAAAAGAACAACGAUUACAUCAAAUAACUGAACUUGCAAAAAGAAAAAAGGCAGAAACAGUUGAUACAGCUCGUCAUACAAAACCACUUAAUAUACGUCAAACUACUAGCCGUCAUAAUAUCACUUCAAAUAAAGUUGCUCGACAAGUUGUUAAUCUUCCACCAUCAAAGCAUAAUCGAGGACAAGCAAAAGUUAAAAAACCAAUAAUACCACCAUUGCUCAAAAAAGCUCUCAAAGUCUAUAAUGGAAAAAAUUAA